UAUGAAUAAAAAUUAUAGAAGAGUGUCUCUACAAGAUGAUAUUGCUGUUUUAAAAUUGAUAAAAGAAAUAGAAUUCACACCAGAUAUACUUCCUAUUUGCUUGCCAGAAAGAGAUUAUGGUAUUACAAACAAAUAUGAAUGUGAAAUUAGUGGCUAUGGAUGUUUGGACAGUGAAACUGUCGCUAGAUUUCUAUACAGAGUAAAACAACAGAUGUUUGAAAAAGAUGAAUGUAACAAAGAAAUGUUUCCUUCUACUCUCCUGAAAUAUCCAGGAAUGAUUUGUGUUGGAAAAUCUAAAAGUGAACAAGGAAUAGCUUGUACUGGAGAUUCUGGUGGACCAUUGCAUUGCAAAAUCAAUAACCGUUGGAGACUUAUUGGAUUGGCAAGUUGGGGAUAUAGGGGUUGCAUUAAGAAAAUGAGUGUUUAUACAAGAGUAUAUCAUCUUCUAUAUAUUUACAGAACUGGCUAA